AUGGCACCUCCGCCUGCGCCCAGCGAGUCCGACUACGCGUCGAUGGACGACUACGUUGCCGCCCUCAACGCGCAGCUAGUGGACAAGUCAGCACAAGAGGUCGUCCAGUGGACGUUUGCCACGUUCGGUGCGCGCACGGUCCUGACUUCGAGCUUCGGCAUUCAGUCGGCCGUCAUGCUGCACCUCGUUCGCAGCGUCAGCAAGAGCAUUCCUGUCGCCUGGGUGGACACGGGCUAUUUACCGAGAGAAACGUACCAGUACGCUGCCCAACUGACCAAACUACUGGAUCUGGACGUGCGUGUGUACCAGUCGUCGAUCUCACCCGCGCGCAUGGAAGCGAUCUACGGCAGAUUGUACGAGCUCGAGACGCCCGAGGCACAUCGUCACUAUGGCUAUAUGCGCAAGGUCGAGCCCAUGCAGCGCGCCCUACAAGAACUUGACGCUGCUGUGCUGCUCGUAGGCAUCCGCGCCGACCAGACACAGCACCGCCAGCACAUGAAACGCGUGAAUGUGCACGAAGGCCGUCUCAAGAUUUGCCCGAUCCUUUAUUGGGACAAGAAGGAUGUCGAGCAGUACAUGGCAAUCAAUCAGUUGGAGCCCCAUCCGCUGAAGGCACAGGGGUACGAGAGUGUAGGUGAUGCUCAUUCCAGUCGCCCCGUAACGGCAGCGGACAAGGGCAACGACCGAGCAGGCAGAUUCAAUGGCAAGCGACAGGAGUGCGGUCUGCACUUGGACAUGCACGACACGAAGCUGGAGGACUUAGAGCUCGACGACUUGUUUCUCCUCUCAACGCGCGACAACGAGAUUCGAGCACUUACAAGACGCACCAAAGGGAUAACUGUGUUCACGACGCCCACGUGCAAGUUCUGCCUGGCCGCCAAGAAAAUCAUGCGGGAGCGAGAGUGGAAAUUCGAUGAAGUGAGCAUUCCGAGCGAAGUCUCUGUCCAGUCCCUACAGCAAAUUGUUGGCAUUCCCGUCAAGACUGUGCCCCAGAUCUUUGUGGAUGGCAUCUACAUCGGUGGCUACACGGAGCUGGUGGCACACCUUGGUAUCCUAUCGCGCAGCGUCCAUAUGCAAGACGCAAAUGUCGCAACAGAAUGA